GGUCUUUUCGCUCCAACAGCUCUUCAAAAAUGACGCAAGACAUCCAAGUCGGCACAAAAGGCGGGACUGUAAAUGGAACCAGCGGCGGUGGCAGCACUCACCCUCCUCUAUUUGAAUCACCGUCCAAGCGAGGCAUACAUCACACAGUCGCAGCGCACAUACCCACGGAGCAGCGCUUUCGAUGGCAAGCAGGCGCUGCGGCUUCAGAUGCUUUCUACAGCCUUCCAACCAGCAUCGGCACAAGUCCGAAAAAGAGCUUUGGAAACAGCACACGCGAGGACUGGGAUUUCGCUCGCAAGCGAGUUGAUCCAGGGGCAGGUCCAGGUUCAUAUGAACCGUCAACGUCGUGCGGUAAGCAAGUGAGUUCGGAGUGUCGGUCUGCCGGAUCGUCGGCUUUCGAGAAUGCCCCACGUACGCCAUUGCAAGAGAAUUCGACACCCUCUCCAGGCCCAAUUUACGAUCUUCCGCCAGUCAUGGGCCGAGGAUCUUCUGCACCCAAACUAGGCACGUCACUACGUCCUCCACUGCACAACAAGAGCAUCGGUCCGGGACCGAAUCUUAUGCUCAAAGGCUCGUUCCAAGAGUGCCAGCAAACCGUAUCCCCGACGUUCGGCAAGGAAAUGCGUCUCAGAUCUUCCAACUCGCAGCAAACGCCAGGACCCAUUUACGACUUGUACCACACAGAUCACCGUACAGGGCCCCACAUCACAUUCAGCCGCGCCAAACGAUUUUAGAAGCUUUAUUAAAAAAAAUACGACCACUUAAAAGUCGAAGUGGCAGAAUUUAAGCUACGAUCAUCAAAA